UUGUGCUUAUCUUCCAUAAUAAUCGGCUCUCAAAUCUAAACAUUUAAAAGUAUUUUGAAGGAAGCUAGAUUUUUAAUUCAGCAGUUAUGAUUUGAAAUGAGGGGUGAAGAAAAUGUCAGUUCAGUAUGCUGGCUGCAGAUAUAUUGGUCAUAUUACAUUUAUGCUACAUUCAGUACUGCCUCCUCAGUCAGUUCUGUGACUUCGUGGGUGCUCUGUUUAAUGGCAAUAUUAGGCCACUAGGUGGUGCUGUCACUACUUUGUAGCACUGUCACUAUACUUUCAGCCUGGGUUUCAGUCCUAAUGUCAAAUUGGUAACUCCAGUGAAGAAGGAAUCCAUUAUUGCUUGUUUCAGCAUUUGAUGUGAUUUGAGGCUUGUAAAUGUCAGAUUCUGUCCAGAGACUGCAUGCAUAGGUAUGACACUGUUACCAUGAUGACCAGAACUUGGGAAACUGGUGCUGGGGGCUGUGAGAGGGUAUGGGGGCGGCUUGAUGUGUAACCUCGGAGCUGGUGUGCCUGUCACGUUUUAAUCAAAAUAACAGGUGAAUGCGUGGCUGGGAGUAACGGAACUCCACAUUCCCUAAAUGAAAUGGACCCUGGCCUGGUUUGUCAUGCCUCAGGAUCCUGACUCUCCCUGUAUUUUUCCUGUCUGUUGGUUCCUUCACUGCGCUCUCAAAAAGUUAACACACACCAACAUAUAUGUGCACCUUAACACAUGUACAUUGACAUAAGAAAAAUAAAACGCAUGCUCCCAAAGAUAUAGACUCCCAAAGAUAUAGACACACAGGUUUUGUGCAUUGAUUGGGUACUUAACCCAACUGGGGUGGGGGGUGUUGGGUCAUCCAAAAAAUUACCCUGUUGAGGCACAGCUGUCACAUGACUCCACAGUCACCCCCAGGGGUCUGUUGGCUGAAGAGUAGAGAGCAGGGGCAAGGGAGCUCGUUUCCAGGGCUAAAUAAGAUUGGGGUGGUGUGGAAGCCUACGCAAAGAGAAGUGGAGGACAAACACGAGCCGAAGUGGAAAGAGUCCCACCGGAGUUAGUCACCCACCGACCCGCUGCGUCCAACCUCCACACCGCAACUCGCUAAUGAAACCUGAUCCAGCAGGACCCACUCUAAAAAUACCAUCGUCCAGGAGGACUUGGUCAUUCUUGACACACUAAAUUUGAUAAAGAUGACGCUUAUUUUAAUUUUCAUUGCUCUGAUUGAACUUUCCAUGGAUGUGUGAAAGUAUUCCAGAACUUUCUAAGAGAAGCAGCAUGAAGGUAAUCCAUACAUCUGUUUAUAAUCUGUUUGCAUGAAAUGAGUUUUUACCAGAGUAAAGUUGUACACAGCAAUGCUGGACUAAACUCCACUAAUGAUCGAUUCCCUGCGUCUGAGAGUCUUGAGAAAGCUGAUUUUGAUGACACAAUGUCUGAACUUUAUUAAUAUCUUGGAACAUAAUUUUGAUUUAAAGAUUGAAUUCCUAGAGAUUUACCCAAAAUCCUGUCCUCUACGAGAAUGAAGGAGAUUCACCAUAUUUGCAGUUAUAGUGAGAUGAGAUUUGUGGCAUAAACUGUGCUCAGGGUGUGAGCGACGCAGUAGCUUUCAGGGCAUCUUCUGAGAUAUGAGGAAGGCCAAGGUCCAGCUAACCCUGAAUAAGGGACCAGAGGAGAAGGCCAGCAGUAUGGCACCCCCUAGUCCCCAGAUACCAUCAAAGCGUGCCAGAGGGACCCCAGAUGAAGCAGCACCAGAGCCCAGGAGCUCUCCAUAUCCCACCCCAACGCCACCGGUGUUCAUCCGAAAGAUGCGCAAUGCUGCUGUGGGCACGGGGUGCGACGUCCGGCUGAAGGUGGCGGUGGUGGGCAACCCACAGCCCUCCCUCUACUGGUACCACAACGACGAGCUGCUGGACACAAUAGACCAGGAGUAUAGUGCUCUCUGGGUGCGGGACUGCCAUGCCUCCGACGCCGGCCUCUACACCUGCGUGGCCAACAACCAGCUGGGUGAAGCUCGCAGUAGCGCCAUCCUGGCCGUGCUGGACCUGGGAGAAGACUCAGAGACCACCGAAGAUGAGACCACGGAGGCCCACAUCCCGAUGGAGGCUAAGGGAGAGGUUGGAGGGCAGGCAAAGCAGGCCCCCCGCAGAGGUGAAGGAGUGAGGAGCGUCCUUGCUGAGUCAGGUCCGAGUAGGGGAAUUCGCACAGACGGCUGGAGUCCCGGUCAGGACACAGUGGUGGAGGAAGAGGAGGCGCCAGCUUUGGGUUCAAGAGCACCGGGGCUGCAGGACCCCCUGAGAGCUGGCAGGAGCCAGUCGGAAGACACUCUAAGUGAAGUUAAGACCCAAGUCCACCCACCUCCCACUCUGUCCCCUCCCCAAAUUAGCCAGCGUACAGCUGCUGCUCCCUUGCCAAUCCGUUUUGGGAUGAUCCCUGCCAGAUCCCCCUCUGAACGCAAAAAAGCUGUCACUCUCAUACCAACUAAUUACCAAGACAUAGUGUCAGGAGACUUUGAGGAGACGAUCAAGCAGUCCCAAGCCUCAGCAGCAUCUCAGUCUGGUGCCCAAGACUCCCGUCCUCAGACUCCCAUCAGUGAGGGCUCCUGGAAGGACCAGACUCACUGGCCCUUGGCUAAAGUGGGUAGACCCAGUUCCAAAAUUUUUGAGAAGGUACGAGUCUUCGAGGAAAGGAGAAGGAGCACUGACCACACUGAAGGCUCCAUCUCUGGGCGCUCUUGGGCUGGAUUCAACCAGGCCGCAUCCAUUGACUCAGACGAUGGGGGAAGCCGGUUGAGGAUUUCCAGAGAAAACUCCAGAGAGGACCUGCGAGAGACACUGAAAGCUGAUGCUGCAGAACGGCGGUCUAGUUUCCGCCAGAGGGCUGCUUCCCUGGAGGAUAGGUCCCAUUACUCCCAGAAGGUCCAGGAGAUUGAGAACAAGUUCACACAGGAGCUCCAGCGAAUCAAGAACCUGAUGGGGAAAUCCCAUAUGAAAAAGUCCUUUUCCACAGAGCAGGUGCACCAACAUGGACGGCAACCUUUGAGAAAGCUGGAGCCCAUCCCGCCCCAGGUCCUACAGAAACUGCAAGACAGAGAACGCAUCCAAUGGCAGCAGGAGCAGGGAGAGCAACUCACAGAGUCAUUAGUGCAAAAAUCACCGUCAUCUCCUGAAGGACGACUGCAUCAGAGCCAGUUGAAUCCUCAACAAGAAUCAAACCAUAGACCAGACACAAUGAAAUCUUCAGUGAUCAGCAUAACAGUGAGUAGGCUUGGGGAGAAGUCAAACUCCUCUGAAAGCAAGCCACUUGCUGAGCUCCCUGGGCAGCGUUCCUCAAGGCAGAUACAAAGAAGCAUCCCAGUCAAGGAGGCAUCAACAGAGAUGUCACACACAUCCAAAGAUCAGACACCUUCUCAACCACCAAAAGAAAAGUCACCCCCCAGGAAGGUGCAGCCAUCCAUACCCAAGGUGGACCAGACCCAAGUAAAAUCACUUGUUCAGACAGAGCCUCCCCAUGUUGAAGAGCGUCCCACUCAGCCACCACCAAAACCCCCAAGGCUUUUACGCUCUGUCUCUUCAACCACUAGCCCAAUGUCAAAGGAAGAGACGAGGGAGGCACAGCUAAUACCUGCAUCUCUAGCUCACAGGCUUUCCAUCCCUAUUAUCAUUGUGGAAGAAGAUCCUAUGAAAGAGGAUGUUCUCAUGUUAAAAAACCAGGUAGAGAAAGCUGAAGUUACUGAGGGAUGGAGGUCCUGGACAGGCAUGGGGAAGGUCCACCAUGCCAAGCCAUUGUCUCCUGAUACAGAUUCCAUGGAUGUCUUAUAUGAGUCAGGAGGGGAGGACACCAUGGAGGCCCCCAUGUUCGAGUCCCCUCUGCAGGACACCGUGGUGUCGGCUGGCUCAGAGGUGGUCUUGAAGUGCAUUAUUACUGGUAUCCCUUUGCCAGAAGUGACCUGGUGGAAGGGUAACACGGAGAUAAAGAACAGCCCUAUGCACUCGAUCAGGAUGGAGGGGAACAGACACUCACUGGUGAUUGAGCAGCUGAAUGCCAGCCAUGUCGGGUCAUACACAGUGAUGGCUGCCAACUGCACAGGUCGGACAUCCUGCAGCGCUAUGCUCUUUAUCAAAUCAGAAAUCGAGACUCAUCAGACCAGGCAACAUUUUUCCAGUCUUCAACUGUCCAAUUUUGAGCCUGCAGAAGACCAGCAAAGAGUCCAUGGUGUUCCCUCAGACCUCAGCAGUGCCAUCACAUCCAAUGAAGAACGUUUAAGCCCAUUGGAGGAGGGCAUGGAGGCAGAGGGAGGGUCAUGUCGGGGGCCUGAGUCCAGGCGGGCGGUGGACGUAGCAUUCAGGGAAGCCCCGUCAUUCCAGGUAACCCUAAACGACCAGGUGGGGACCGAGGGGGAUGAUAUCACCAUGAGAGUUUGCGUGCAGGGACAGCCCAAACCGUUGAUCUAUUGGCUACGAGGCCGGCUGGUGAUAAAAGCCUCCAAUCGGCACACUCUGCAGGAGGCAGAGGAUGGCAGCUUUGAGAUGCAAAUAACUGCAGCUCAGAAGACUGACACAGGGCUGUACACCUGCAAGAUUGUCAAUGAGUACGGCAUGAAGCAGUGUGACUGCCACCUGGAGGUCUUAGUGCCCCCUGUAGAUUCAGGCCUAGCCAUCACCCGUGAGAUUACAGAUGUGACAGUGAAGGCUGGGGAGACUGCUCUCUUCGAGUGCUACAUGUCAGGUUCCCCAGAUGUUGAUGUAGACUGGCUGUCAGAUAGGAAGCUGAUCCAACCAGCGCUGCUCAAUUGCAAGAUGCACUUUGAUGGUAGCACAUGCCGCCUGCUGCUCAACUCCGUCCAUGAAGAUGACAGUGGAACGUACACCUGCAAGCUGAGCACUGCUAAGGUGGAGUUAACUUCUAGCGCCUACCUCAAAGUGAUCCCAUCCACCGAGCCGAUGUUCACCCGUAAGCUCGAUGUGCAGGAGGUGCUGGAAGGCCGAACGGCUCGCUUUGACUGCAAGGUCAGCGGAACGCCAUCCCCUAACAUCAUCUGGAAGCACUUUGACCUCACACUUACAGACAGUGAAAGCGUGCGCAUGCUGAAGGACAAGGGCCGCCACUCCCUGCUCAUCCUGCAUGCCAGCAGCAGCGACGAGGGUCUGUACACAGCAGUGGCGUAUAACGCGCAUGGGAUGGCAGAGAGUUCUGCUGAGCUGUAUGUGCAGGAACCCAGGCCCACCAUCUCCUCGCAAAUGGCAAAGCUGGAGAAGAUGCCAUCCAUCCCAGAGGAGCCAGAGGUGGUGGAGAGUGAGGUGGAGCGCUACACCAUGCCAGAUUUUGUGAAGUCGCUGUUUGACCUGGAAGUGGUGCAGGGUAGGGAGGCUGUGCUGCGCUGCCAGGUAGCUGGCCUGCCGUACCCUUCCAUCGCCUGGUUUCACAACGGCCACAAGAUUGACAGCACAGAUGACAGGAAGAUGGUACAGCACCAAGAUGUGCACAGCCUGGUCAUUCGUAUGGUCUGCCACACCCAUGGUGGUGUCUACAAGAGUGUCAUCUCUAACAGGGUGGGAAAGGCCACCUGCUAUGCUCACCUCUAUGUGACAGAUAUCCUACCAGAGCCUCCUGAUGGGCCUCCAGUUGUAGAGGCCAUCACCGGGAAGAUUAUCAGCCUGCGCUGGAACAAACCCAAAAGACUGCACCCAUCUAUAGACUCCAGUUCCCUGAUGUUUGUUGUGCAGCAGCAAGCUGUGGGCUCAAACCAGUGGAGCAUCAUCGCCUCCAGCCUGAAACAAACAUGUUACACAAUAACAUCGCUUUGCAAGGGGGUGAAGUACUGCUUCAGGGUCCUUUCUGCUACUAGCAAGGCUUUGAGCAAGCCCUCACCUUCUACAGAUCCCCUACAGCUUGUGGAAAGAGGUCCAUAUCUUCCAGAAGCUCCCGUCCUUAUCGACAAGCCAGAUAUCGUCUACAUGGUUGAGAAUCAGCCAGUUAACAUGACCGUAACUCUGAACCAUGUCCAAGCCUCAGUCAUCUGGAAAAGGAAUGGAGUGCAGCUGGAGAACAAACCUGGCGAGUUUGAACUGAGCAUGCCCGAUGACAACCAGCAUACCCUUUGCAUCAGCAGAGCCAGGGCUAGCGACGUGGGCCAGCUCAUCUGCGUGGCCAGCAACCCACUCGGCAAUGACUCCUGCAUCCUCAUGCUGGACAUGGCAGCUCCGCCCACAUUUGAGUCUAUCAUGGAGGAUAUGGAUGUGCAUAUUGGGGAGACAUCCCGCUUGGUGGUGGUCGUUUACGGCAAGCCCAUCCCUGAUAUCAUGUGGUACAAGGAUGACAUGCUGCUGUCAGAGAGCAGCCAUUUCACCUUUGUGUACGACGACACAGAGUGCUCGCUGGUGAUCCUCAACACACAGGAGGAGGACUCAGGGGUCUACACCUGUACGGCCCAGAACCUGGCCGGCUCCAUGUCCUGCAAGGCUGAGCUCACUGUGCUCACAGCUGCCAAGCAGGAAACAGAGGAACCCAUGGAAGGUGAGGAGACCAUUCUGAGGAAGAUGAGGAGGCUCACAGACUACUAUGACAUCCACAAGGAGAUUGGCAGGGGGGCCUUCUCCUAUGUGAAGCGGGUGACACAGAAAGCCAACAAGGCAGAGUUUGCAGCAAAGUUCGUCUCAGUCCGUGCCAAGAGGAAGACGUCCGCCCUGAGGGAGAUGAGGCUACUCUUGCGGCUGGAGCAUGAGAGGAUCAUCUACUUUCAUGAUGCCUUCGAGAAGAAGAAUGUCAUCGUCAUUGUCACUGAGCUGUGUCAUGAAGAACUAUUGGACAGAAUAGCAAAGAAGUCAUCCAUCAUGGAGUGUGAGAUCCGGUCAUCUAUAAGGCAGCUGUUAGAAGGACUGGGCUACCUGCACCAGAACGAUAUCCUGCACCUGGAUAUUAAACCUGAGAACAUCCUCAUGGCAGACCGCAGCAGUGACCAGGUCCGGAUCUGCGACUUUGGCAAUGCCAUAGAGCUCACGCCUGGUGACACCCACUACUGCAAAUAUGGCACUCCCGAGUUCAUUGCCCCAGAGGUUGUUAACCAAACACCGGUCUCCAAGGCAACAGAUAUCUGGCCUGUCGGCGUGAUAACCUACUUGUGCCUGACUGGCGUGUCUCCAUUCGCUGGAGAAAAUGACCGUGACACGGCCCUCAACGUGCGCAACUACAACGUGGCAUUUGAGGAGGGCAUGUUCGCGGGCGUGUGCUGGGAGGGGCGGGGCUUCAUCAUAAAACUACUGGUGGCUGACAGGCUGAGACCUGAUACAAAUGAAUGCCUUCGUCAUCCUUGGUUCAAGACGUUGACAAAGGGAAAAAGCAUCAGCACAGAGUCUCUCAAGCAGUUCUUGUCAAGGAGGAAGUGGCAGCGCUCACUCAUCAGUUAUAAAUCCAAAAUGGUGAUGCGCUCCAUUCCAGAGGUGCUGGAUGACUCCUCCAGCCACAUCUCCAUUGCAGUGCCUAGGCAUCUGAAGGAGGGUACUCCCCCGCCCUCGUCCUCUUCGGACUCAGACGAGGACGUGGACGAGUUGCCUUUCAUCCCCAUGCCUCUGACUGUGGCCUUCUCCGGCUCUCGCAUGUCCCUCAAUGAGAUUUCUGCUGAUGAUGAAGUUCUGGGGAGACCCACCAGCAGUGCCUUGGAGGCAGUGGGGGCAGAGGAGCCCAUGGAGUGUGAGCCGGUCAGCAGAGGGACAGGCCAGACCAGGAAGAGGGAAGCGCAAGAAGGGGACACAAUGUCAGAAGAGGAGUCAGCACAGAUGGCCAAGCAGAUGAGGGGACCACUGUGUAGGGGUUCAAGUGUGGAGUCGGAUAAGGCUGAGAGCAGCCAGAGACGGGGAGAGCUGAGGAGGGGCAGCUCUGCUGACAGUGCCCUCCUGCUCCACAUCACCCCAGAGGGGGGUACCACAGUUACCCCCAAAGAAGAGGGGGGAAAAAGCCUGAAGAAGGCAGUGUCCAUGGAAUUACCAAGGAGGAGUCCUAGUCCCAGCCCUGGGAGACUGAGCCAGGAGGACUACGCUCUAAAACUGGAGCUUAUGAGGCAAAGACUACUCAGAGGCAGCUCGGGAGACAACAAGAUGAGUGGCCUCCGGGGCCCCCUGCUAGAGACACUUGGCAUCGGGGAUGAGAGACGCACUGUGUCACUUGACCGAUACACGCACCCACGCCGGGUGGCCGUGCCCCCACUCAUCAAAGCAGCUUCCACUGAAGCCCCGGGGGUAGGGGCAGUCAAGACCAAGGUGCUUUGCAAGAGUGCCUCAUUCACCCAAGGAGACAAUGAGCCCAUCCCCCUGCAUCGACGCUCUGGUGCUCCUCUUGAGAUUCCCCUGGCUCAGAGGGAGGAGCAGAGGCUCCAGGAGGCCACAUCCAUGUCAGCUCUGACCGAACAGGCCAGGCUGGACUCACGGCCCGUCACCCCCAGAGAAGUUUGCUCCAAGCCACCUAGUCCUGUUCCAGAGGCUCCUGAGCAGAGCACAGUAGUAGGAAAGGAAGCAAAAGCUUUGGGAGACACAGAGAGCAGGAUGGAAGAUGAAGCAGCAGACAUCACUGGGGAGACUCCCCAGGUGAGUCAUCCUGAAAGGAAAUCUAGCAUGUUGGAGAACCCAGAGGGCAAACAAGAAAAGGUGGCCAUUAGUAAACCAUUGUCCCUGGAGCGUGAAAUGCAGGCCCAGAUUAGACCAUAUUCUGAAGUAGCUCCCAGGGUCAUUCAAGAGUCAGAUCAUGUGGAAGAGAAGAUGAGAGAAGAGGCAAACAGAAAGGAGUGUGAAGGCACUAAGAAAGAAGUGAGGAGCCAGAAGAGAACACCUGAAAUAAGCAUUUCCACCAAGUCUAUUGUGGUGACACCAGGUCCCAGUAAGACCCCAGUGAGUCCUGCCACCCAGCCCAGCCGUGUGACGCUGCCAGAUGGCAGGACAUCUGCAUACUCCAGUAUCAUGCAAACCAUCCUGGUUCCAUCUCUGCAGCUUGCAGAGAUGCCUGCACUUGUUCCAGCACCUGCCCCCUCACCUAUCCAGGCACCUAGCCUUAAUCCCACCAUCAGCCCUCUCAAACCCGAGUCCUCUCCCUCACUGGAACAUCCUGCUGUGUUCUCCAGGGUGAGAUCCAGGACCCCCACAAGCUCGAUACCCUUACAGGAGCUGGCAUUCAACCCCAGCAUCAAAGAUAUCGCUUCAGAGGAGGUGUUUCAAGCCAGGUUCAAGAAACGUGAGUCAUCUCUAACUCGUGGCUUGAAGAUGCUGACCAAGCCUAAAACUGAGGAGAAAGUGAAUGUUACGUCAGCUCCUACAGGCGAUGAAGAGGUGUACCGCCCAAGCCCUGUAGGCGUGCCCCUAGAGUUCAUCAGAUAUGAGACACCCAGGCUAGUGGAAAGGUCCAUGUCUGUCCAGGAGCUCAGGCCAGCUGAGAAGGAGAGCUUCAUGCGGAGGCUCUCCCUGCGGAUGAAAAGGGCUCCAUCAGCAGACAGGAAGGAUGAGAGGAAUAGAGAGGAACUGGCCAACUCCACCGUCACUGCACCCAGGCGCAGAGUCUCCUGGGCUGUUGGUCGCAGCAGGUCCCAGGAGAAGAAUGAGCCUGAUGGUGAGGUGGAGUGCUCACAGGACGAGGGAGGCAGCAGUACACCUAGGAGAUCUGGUGAGUCACCAGUGCUGGCUAUGCGCCGGAAGAUUGGGUCCACGGUGGCUGGGAUCUCCAUGAGGAUUCGGAGCCAGUCUGAAGAACGGAGGGAGGAGAGGAAGGCAGAAGAAAAGGAGGCCAAGCCAGAAAGCAGAAGGGCUCCUUUGAUCUCCAUCCUGCGCCGCUCGGGCUCUGAGGGAGGCAGCCAGCGGAAGGUGGCAGAGCCAAGAGCUGGAGAGUCCAUGGAGUCCCUUGAGUCCACCUCCAGUUUGCAGUCAGCGAAGGGACUGGAUGAUGAACGCCGGUCGCGGUGGGACCGCUGGGGCCUGGGCAGGAGCAAGAAGGAAAAGACAGACAUCCCGUCCUCCAUUGUCCGGGGGAAUGGUGCCCUCCAGAGGAACCAAUACUCAUGCUUGGCCUCUGAUUUCCCUCCAGUAUUUCACAUCAAGCUGAGGGACCAUGUUCUGCUGGAGGGAGACCCAGUGACCCUCAGCUGCCUCCCAGCAGGAAUCCCACACCCACGGAUUGCCUGGGUGAAGGACAAGAAGCCUCUGGAUGUGGAUGCCAGGAUGAACAUGAUCGCUUGCCCUGACGGCCGACAGCUCCUCAUGAUCAUGAAGACCACCAAGAAGGAUGCUGGAUUUUAUGAGUGUGUGGCCACCAACCCCCUGGGCUCUGUUAGCAGCUCCUGCACCGUUUCCCUCGCCCGUCUUCCAAAUCAGCCUGGGACGCCAGAGAUCCCCCAGCGGUACCGGGACACCGUGCUGGUACUAUGGAAGCCCUCAGACACGCUGACACCUUGCACCUACUCCCUGGAGAGGAGAACUGAAGGUGAAGAAAACUGGCUGAUUGUAGCUACAGGUGUGGCUGACUGUUACUACAACGUGACAGACCUCUCAGCUGGGUACACCUUCAGGUUUAGGGUGGCUUGUGUCAACAAGGCAGGGCAGAGUCCUUACAGUAACGUCUCAGAGAAGGUGUGCUUGGACUCUUCAGCGACUCCUAAGGCAGCAGCCAGCAUGAUUAUGAAGCCAUCUGCAUCUUCUGUCAGCUCAGCCAUGCCCCUCAGGCCUGCUUCUGCUGCCAUUCCCAGUAAAUCUGGAUUUGCUGUUUCUCACCCCACAUCAACCCCUCCUCCAUCCAAUGUAUCUUCCUUUUCUCAGUCACACGCCCUGCCCACUCAUCCUGGUCCUGCCCAAGGAAUUGUUCCUCCUGCAGCCCAAGCCCCACCUACCCAUCCUGCUUCUGCCCAAAAAAUUGUGCCUCCCACAGACAAAGCCCCUACAAUCCGUUCUUCUUCCCACCAAGGAUCUGCUCCCCCAACAGCUCAAGCCCCACCCAUUCUUCUUGUGUCUGCCCAUACUGAAGUCCCAUCCCCUCCUGCACAUGUUGCCACUCCCACUCAGUUUGUUCAGGAGUUUCAGGCACCGUCUUCAGUCCCCUCUACAUCCACAAAAGCCAAGUCCACCCUGAACAUCACUAUGGGAAACCCGUCCCCUGGAGUCCAGCCCACAAUCAGGACCACCCCCCCAAGAGUACUUCCUAAGUCAUUGAGUCCUGUCAACGUGGUCCCCCCCAUGACCCAGUCUCCUCCUGUCUCCCCACCCCCACUGGUCUCACCGUCCCCUCCUCUUGGCAGACCCAUCUCCCCCAUUCCCACGUAUGUUCCCAUGUCCACAGACCAGGCUACACCCCCAGCAACAGGCCCUACCCUCUUGUCCCCUGUAGUGAUGGUGACCAGCCUGAGCCCCUUUGGGGAGGCUGCAGCCACCCCCUCAGUGCAAAAAGCACCUUCAGGAAAGCCAGGUGAGAGUACCUUGAGGCAGGGGGUGCCCCAGAAGCCAUAUACCUUCCUGGAGGAGAAGAGCAGGGGCCGCUUUGGUGUCAUCCGCGAGUGUCGGGAGAAUGCCACAGGCCAGCUCUUUAUGGCCAAGAUUGUUCCGUACGAGUCAGAGAGCAAACAGGGCGUGCUGCGUGAGUACGAGGUACUGAAAAACCUGCACCAUAGCAACGUGAUGGUGCUGCACGAGGCCUACAUCACACCACACUACCUGGUGCUCAUCGCUGAGAGCUGCUCAGGCAAGGAGCUCCUGUACAGCCUUGUUGACAGGUACCGCUACUCGGAGGAUGAUGUGGUCAGCUUUGUGGUCCAGGCUCUGCAGGGCCUCGAAUACCUCCACAACCGGCGCAUUCUCCACCUGGACAUCAAGCCUGACAACAUUAUGGUGUCGCCCACCAACGUACUCAAGAUUGUGGACUUCGGCAGUGCGCAGAGUUUCAAUCCGCUGUUCCUCAAGCCUCAUAAUUGUCACCUGUCUACCCUGGAGUUCAUGGCUCCUGAGACGGUUAAAGGAGAUGUGGUGGGCCCCCCCGCUGACAUCUGGAGUCUGGGUGUGGUCACCUAUGUCAUGCUCAGUGGAAGGCUGCCUUUCCAGGAGUCCGACACCCUGGAAACUGAGGCCAAAAUCCUGGCUGCCAAGUUUGACCAGACAAAACUCUACCAGAACGUGUCUCAGAGUGCCUCUCUGUUCCUCAAAAAGAUCAUGUGUAGCUACGCCUGGGCCCGUCCGACCAUCAAAGAUUGCUUCAACAAUGCCUGGCUGCAGGACGCCUACUUGAUGAAACUGCGGCGGCAGACGCUCACCUUCACCACCACGCGCCUCAAGGCCUUCCUGGUGGAGCAGCAGCGGCGGAGGGCCGAGGGUGUCACCAAGCACAAGGUGCUACUACGCUCCUAUCAAAGCUCGACGACCAUGCCCACCACAUCCACCGCCCAAUGAGUGACCCGGCUGGAACAAUGGGACAGCAGGGGUGGGAUGUGCUGGCUCCAGGGUGUGGGGAGUCUAUGCCCCCCACUCUCCAGACAGAGGAGUGAACACAGUACAGUACGAGUAGCAGUGGAUCACUGAUCCCUCCUCCAGAACCCAGCCUCCUCCCCCUCAUUCUUUCUGAGCCAAGUAUCCAAGUAACACCGGUAGAAGCCCCCCCCCAGGCUCAACCCUCCCUCCUCCAGAGCCCCGCCUCCUGUGCCUCCGAGCAAUGUGUCCCAGUCACACUGGAAGAAGCCCUCCCUGGCUCAGCCUCCCACCUCCAGAGCCCUGCCUCCCACACCUCCUCUCUCUCCAGAGCCUUUUUGCAAUGUUGUGCUUCUCUUUGCUCAGUGUUCCUGGUUCUUCAUGGUGACACCUUCUCACUAGGGGUCAGAGCCACACGUAUGAGAGCAAUAUGUCUUAGGACCCCCCUUUCAGACUGCCAUACAUGCUCUGUAAAUGUAUAACUCUGUACCCUUUACAACGACGCUCUGUGCAAUUGUAGAGUGUAUAUCUUUUAAUUUAGUUUUUACUAUCUAAUUAACAUUCUUUUAUCACUGGUGUGUAUUUCUAAAAUAAUUGUUAGUAUGAUUUGAAAGUAAAUCAGUGGGUGGAGUAGUGUAUAAACACGCUAAUUAUGCCUUUGGGCGGUCAAUGUAACGCUUCACUGUUAUAGCUGAUAUUACAGUAAACAUGGAUCUUUUGUGGACUUCAAAUAAAUGUUUACUGAGUGA